AUGGCUAGAGACUAUAAUAGUUUACUCAGCUCGCGGGUAAGUUUGCCAAAGUGCUUGAGAACGGAUUUUUGAUCAUUUUUAUUUAUAUCCGGCCAGGGCAGAUGAUUUUUUUUCAAAAAAAAAAUUUUUUUUUUGAGAAUUUUGAUACACAAUUUUUGAGGAGAUAAUGUUUUCAGAAAAAAAAUAAAGUUGCUCAAAAAUUGUAUAUGAAAAAAACGUGGAUUUUUUUUUGAAAACUACGGUAACCUGUGUUUUUUUUGCAUUUUUCGCUUUUUUUAUCAAAAGAUUGAUCCUGAAUUUAGUUUGAAACACAACAAAUUUCUAGAUAAUUUUUUGCCACGAAAUUUUUUAAAACUAUCAAAAAUGCAUCUUCUAUUUGACCAACGAAUUAUGGCGCAAAAAAGGCUUAUAGCGAAAUUCUACCUCACUGGAGACUAAACAAAUAGAAAAUCCGAAAAACUUGAUUCCAACUGGCAUGUAUUCAGUUUUCAAUUUCGAAUUCAAUUCUCAUUUCAUUUCAGACACGCGAUCCAUCGCCGCAUCGUCGAGGAUCAUCGCAAGACGAAGGUGAGAUAGUUUUUCUACAGAAAAAAAAUCACAAAACUAUUUGUUUGUACCCUUUUAGAAAAUUGGCGAACUUCAAAUGUUUCAGGCAUGUCCUCUUCGAUUUCCUCGCAAUUCGCUGCAGCUGCCGCAGCGAAUUCGGCGCAUGGACAAGUCAGAUAUGCGGCGCAUAUUCCGCUGAAUAGAAAUGAUAGUACAACGAGUGGCCGGGUCAGCACAACAAGUAUGGAUUCUCAGCAAAGGUAGACUUAUUUUUUGCCUAAAACCUCGAAUAUCCCUUUCAAUUUGUCAAUUUUCAAUUUGCAGCGGUGCUCUGGACGUGGCUUCAAAGAACAUCGAUCAUGUGAUUGAUCAAGCUCGUCAUCGUCAUCAUCAACAUCGCAACAAAUUCAAAGAGGCCAUCGAUUAUCUGGAUCAGAUAUUUGAGGAUUUGAAGAAAGAGUGCGAUGUAAGUUGGAACUCAAUUAAAUUCAGAUUUCGGGAUAAUCAGAAAAGCUAAACCUCGGAUUUAUUUUAAGACAUAGAAAAAGAGAGAGAGAGAGAGAACUGCUCAAGAGAGGUUUUUCGAGUGAUAUUUUGACAGAAUUAGAAUUACGCAUGAGUCAGGCUUAGGCUAGCUAUCAAGUAUAUCACCCUCCAAAUUUCAAAAAUUCUAGGUCGAAGAGAAAAACAACAACACGAGCCCAAUAAAAUCACCAAAAACCCGUACAGUCCCAACUGUCAAACAAUCCGAAACAGCAGCUCCAAUCGUCCAAACUGCCACUACAACUGCUGCACCAAAAAAGUUAGUCACCACCACCACAAUACAGCAAACAGACAAAAACUAAACUAAAACACAUCCGGUUUUUUUGAUGGCCCCUCUCUCAACUUUACACCGUGUAUGUGUUCCAAAUAUCUUUUCGCUCUUUCUCAUUUUUCCGAAAAAAACUUUUUUAUUUUAGUUUGACCACUUUACUAUUUUUCCGAUUUUCCAGAAAAAUCGUUGUGAAACCCGUGGCGGUUCGAGCAAAACCCAAGGAACUCGUGAAAGUAAGUUUGUCUAGAUAGCAUUUUCUCAACUCGGAAAAAAAGAAAGAAAAGUGCAGUGAACUUGUCAACUGACCGAUAAAAUUACGAUUUUCUCUUUCUUACAGCAAAAUUCGUCGCCAGUCGAAGUUGUAAUCCCGGUUCGAAAAAUUUCGGCUGAGGCCUCAGAAGAGCCGAAUAUUGCUGAAACUAUUGUGCUGAAAAAGACUGAUAAAAUGGAUUUUACAAGACGGUGGUUGCAGGAUGAUUUGGGAUCAUUAGCGCAUUUGCCACCUGCCAAUAUUGCACCACAUAUUGUGAGUUUGCUUAUUGCGAAAGAGGGGAAGAGUGCUCAGUCCCGUGGAUAUUUUCUCCGAGAUCCGCAAGAAAUCAAAAAUUUUAAAAUUCAAAACUUCUAGAUGAAUCUUUCCAAAAAGAUUGUCAGUACGAAAGCUCUAUUGAAUUUCAAAAACAUGGUUGAUCAAAACCAAAAAGUUCUAUUUUUCAGUCCUACUACCAAGACUUUGAUGAGCACUCUCUUGGCAGUUGCAGCGCCGAAGUUGCUGCUUAUAACACCACCAAGGAUCGAAAAGCGGCUGCUCGAAAAACAUCGGACAAUCCGCGACCCUUCAGACCUCAACCAGUCUAUGGACUCUCUUCGGAUCCCCCAGCUCCAUCCAAAAGUAAUAACACUUUGCCACGUGUCACAUCAACUGAUGAGAUGAGAAGAUCUGGUUCGCAAGAUCCGUAUAGCAGUUUGACAUUGCGAUCAAUGAGAAGUGAGGGUGGAGAUCGGGAAAAUGUAUCGCCAUCUGCUUUUCAAAGUUUUAAUCGAGGUGGUGGGUCAAUGAGAUCUUCUUUGAGAUCUUUGCCAGAUCAUUCGCCAGUUCGACAACGUCUUCCGACGAAACCUGACCCUCUUCUCUCAAUAGAUCAAUUAGUCGCAGAACUUGAGCUCAACACCGAUCAUCAACCGUUCUCACAAAUUGAAAAGCGGCGAAGUUUCCCAACAAGUUUUGUAGCCAAGCCAGUUAUGAACGAGUAUGAGAGACCAAGGUAUCGAGUGAUGGAACCAAAGACUUCGCAGUCCUCGCAAAUUCAAAAAGCUGCCUACCGCCCAAAACCACAAUAUUCAUUAGAAGAAACGUCCAGACAUCCACAUCAAAAUUUGUACAAACAAAAUACUUUGGGUAAUAAUGCUUUUGAAACUAUAAAUCAAGAGAAAAUCAAUCCAAGCCGCGUUGAAGCGAUGCACAAUAUGUUUGAGAAAGGAACCGCUCCAACUGCUUGGAAAAAGAUGUCGCCACCGCAAGAAGCGCAGUACGCAACAUUGCACAGCUAUUCGCCACCAACUAUUAAUAAUAACAGCAAUUAUCCAAGUCAGAUGCAUCCGAUCUCGAAUAGCAGUAAUAACAAUUCGAAUGUUCGGUAUGCUGAAUAUACGCCUCAAGUACCUACAUCGCAACCACCACAAAGACCACCAGGUUCUGCGAAUUCAUCGCAAGGCGGGUAUUAUUCCUCGAACAGUUCUGGUGUUGGAUCAAAUUAUCCACAUGUUACCGUGAGUUUUUUUUGGGAAAGGGAUGCUUUCACCACCUAGGAAUCUACAUUUACAGUAUGUAAAUCGAGCUCCAGACUCCAUUUUGAGUUUUCAGACGCAUAUAUAUAACCUUCUUCUCUUGAAAAAUCGGAAAAUUUUUCAUUUUUCAGAAUCCGAACACAGCUCGCAGAAGUCUGGUGAUUGAUCAACAAUCAAUAUCGUCACGUGUUCCAUCGGUCGACGAAGAUGAUGAUGGAUUUUAUGACAAUAUUGGAAUUGUGAGUAACUCUUCUUUUUUAUCAAUAGUAAAAUCCUAGAGGAUUUUUUCUAUUCAUUGUAUAGCUCUUGGGAAAUGUUUUCACCCAUCAACAAAAUAUGUUUUACAGUACGAUGAUCGCCGUUUCUCGCGCGGUAGUGAACUCGAAGCCAGUUCCUCAUUCCGACUCCCACCCUCCUCUUCUUCCUCAACAAAUCCAUCCGGCACCAAACACCGGAUCGGUUCAUUUUUGCGUAAAAUCGGCCACGCCGCUACAUCAAAUCGACCUCCUGGAAGUGCAGCAAGUCUGUUAUCCCUCAAUAAAUUAUCGGGAAAUGAGACGGUCAUGAAACCCGUCGGUGGAUUAAUGAAAUCUAAUAGUUUGAGCACUGAACCGUGGAAAAAACAAGUUAUGCGCGAACAAACUCCAAAGGGUUUAGGUGCGCGACUCAAAAAUACGAUUUUUGGCGGAUCACGAAAACGUUUGGACUCCUAA